AUGAUGGGGCACUAUUCCUCCCACUGAUACCAAUGAUGGGGCACGAUUCUUCCUACUGACACCAAUGAUGGGCACUAUUCCUCCCACUGACUCCAAUGAUGGGGCACUAUUCCUCCCACUGAUACCAAUGAUGGGGCACGAUUCUUCCUACUGACACCAAUGAUGGGACACUAUUCCUCCCACUGUAAUGAUGGGGCACCAUCAUUGGUGUCAGUGGGAGGAAUAGUGUCCCAUCAUUGGUAUUGUGGGAGAAAUCGUGCCCCAUCAUUGGUGUCAGAGCAAGGAAUAGCACCCCAUCAUUGGUGUCAGAGCAAGGAAUAGCACCCCAUCAUUGGUGUCAGAGCAAGGAAUAGCACCCCAUCAUUGGAAU